UUAAAGUUGACUACAUAUUAAUUAAUCAAACACCAUUCAUAAAGUUUUCAAAAUACACUAUAGAAUUCUAAACUCACCUUCUCUUCCAAAAAUGAAAUCCUCAUUGCUUAAAGCUUUUCUUUUUCUCUUCUUCGUGUCAAAGUUUGCCGCAGGAGAUGUCCUCUUCUCUUCGGUGCCACAAUCUCUUUUCAUCGAUGCUUCUCCUACAGAAGGCCAAGUUUUAAAAGCCGGGGAAGACGAUAUAGUUGUUACAUUCGGAGUGAACCAAACUGCUGAAUUAUACAAGAAACUGAAGGUGAAGCUAUGUUAUGCACCAAUAAGUCAAGUGGACCGAAAAUGGAGAAAGACAUAUGACAAACUAAAGAAAGACAAAACAUGUCAAUUCACUAUAUAUGACAAACCUUAUGAGUCGAAUAUUGUCGAAGGAUUUAAAUGGAAGAUUGAGAAAGAUACACCUACAGCCACGUAUUUCGUGAGAGUGUAUGCGUAUAAUUCUAUCAACGAAGAGAUAGCUUACGGGCAAACCACGAACGAUAAGAAGACGGACAACUUAUUUAAGGUUCAAGGAAUCAGUGGGCGUCAUCUUUCAAUUGAUAUUGCAUCCAUUUGCUUCUCUGUGUUUUCUUUGUUUUCGCUAGUUGGAUUUUUCUUCAUAGAAAAAAGACAAUCUAAAAUCAAAAGUUGAUCCUAUAAUAGGUUUGCUUAAUGGCUUCCAAUUGAUGAUUCAGCUUUGCAGUUACCAGAAAUAUGAAUUACACAGAAAUUUAUAUAUCAUGAGACUUUUCAAAGGUUCGAAUGUAAGACUCUUCAACAAAUUAAUGUAUUUAUUUUCUAGAGUUAAAUGUAAGAAUGGUCCCUGUACUUUGUCCAUUUUUGUAAA